AUGAGAGAAAAAAAUCAGUUUAUUACAAUAGGAUAAUAAGCUAGUGAAAAAACAUUUUUGUUUUACGAAAAAAAUAAAUGGUAAUAGUUAUUAUUGUAUUUGAAUGAAAAAGAAAACUUGGAAAUAACAAAAAAAGGUGAAAAAAACAAUUAAAAUAAUAGUAAAUCUAUCAAACCUAAAAAAACAUAAAUAAUUAAUUUAUUAUAUCAAAAAAAGAGAAUAAUAAAAGAAUAAAUGACUUAGGAAUAGAGGUUAAAUUAUUUAAAAGUUUUAUUGAAUUUGUAAAAGAUUUGUUCAAUAAUGCUUAAAUUAGAUAUAAAAAUAGACUAUGCAAGUGAAACUAUUAUAAUAUUAUCUAAAAUGUGUAAUAUUAGAGUUCAAGAUAUAGUUUUAUUGUUAGAAUAAUUUGAGUCUAUAAAGAUAUAUAUGGAAUAGAUUUAGCCAUAAUCACCUAAGACUCAAUAAUAAAUAAUGGAAAAAAAACGAUUAUUUUAUACAUUAAAAAAAUGUUUAAAAUAUUUACCAUUAUCUGAUUAAUUAACUAUUGUUUAAAUUAAUAAGGAAUUCUCAUAAUUAAAUAUGAAAGUGAAAUAAAAAUACUUAUGUUUAAAUAAUCUAACAGAACGAUUAUCAAUCAAAAGAAAACUCUUAUGGAUUAGUUUAUUGUAACCUGAGUGUAUUUAACUUGAUUACUACAAAUUAAAGGAAAAAUAUUCUAAAUAGGCUGGAACCAAGGAAGCAACCUUAGAACAUUAAAUUGCUUAAGAUGUUUAAAGAUCAUUUAAUAGUGGAGGUUAAUAAAGCAAAAUUAAUCAUCUUACAUUGCAUAAUUUACUUAAACUAUAUGCAUAUUAUAAUAAUACAAUCUCAUAUACAUAAGGGAUGAAUUUUGUAAUGGGCUUUAUAUUUACUAUAAUGAUUGAAGAGGAAUUAACAUUUAGAUGUUUUGCAGCAUUGAUUAAUCAAUUAUUAAAAGAUGUAUUACUCUAUGAUCUUAAGUAUAUAAGAGUAUUCUUUUAUAAAUUGGAUAGAUUAUUGGCAAUAUUUAUACCAAAAGUUCAUUAGCAUUUGAAAGAUGAGAAAAUUGAAGCAGGCCAUUAUUCUGCCCCAUGGUUUAUUACUUUAUUCACAGGAUCAUUUAUGAAAAACGAAUUUUCAACUGUUCUUUUUGACAUAUGGGAUGUAUUAUUAAGUCGUGGUUGGUGUGGAUUUUAUUAAAUUAUUUUGGGAAUAUUUUCAACUUAUGAAGAAAAGAUAUUAUCAAUGAAAUUUGAUAUUUUGUUAUAAUUUUUAAAUAAUUUAAGUAAAGCUGAAUUUUUCACAUAAAAUACAGAUGUAUAUAUCUAAACAUUAUAAUUAGGAAAUAGCAUCAUUAAAAACAUUGAAGAAUCGUGCUCUCAAAUUUAAGGUAACAAACAAAUUAAUUGGUGAAUUAGACAAAGAAUACUAUUUAGUAAGAUAGAAGAUUAAUAAUUUAAUGAACUCUUGA